GAGACACAAAGAUCCGGCCUCUCAAAAGCCUUAUUAAAAAAAUUGAGGACCUCUGGUAUAAGUUAUAGGAAAAUUGCAAACAAAUCAAUAGCGAAAGCGAAAACGGAAAUAAAAGAUAACAUCCAGAUGAUGUAUCAGUAUCAGAAAAAAAGGCUCAGUGGUCAUGGCCAUGGUCUAGUAUUAUAAUGGUCUUUAAUAGUACAAAUUUUAAGAUACUAUGAUGAUAUUUACGGUAAAUAUAACUGUCACGAUGACAUUAAUGAUGAUGUUGACUAUACUUAAUAAUAUAGUCAUAUAGUAUAGUCUAUGUCUAUAUUAUACUAUACUAUGCAACACAGUAUUAAAAUUAAAGUUAUUACUAAUACUAUUAGUAAUAAUAAAUAACUUUAAUUAAUACUAAUAAUAUUAGUAAGGGCUAAAUCUGAGGACGAAUGCCAUCGCCCACGGCGUCUUUUGGGUGUUUAUUAUAGUUGCAGUGAAUUAGGGGUUAGGUUGAGGGAUCGAUUUAGGGUUCAGGCUAGGCAUAUGGAUCGAUUUAGGGUUCAAAUUAGGCAUUAUGACAUAGUGAUCGUGUUAGGGUUCAGGCUAGACAUAGGGAUCGAUUUAGGGAUAGGCCUACAUUCGUGAAAUUGGAUAAAAUAGUGGCAUUCGUCCUCGUAAUUCCAUCAGAUGGGCCAUCCGCUGUUUCAGAUUUAGCGACCCAUGUUUACUUUACUGUUAAGGUUAGGCAUAGGGAUUGAUUUAAAUUUAGGGUUCGGGUUAGGCUUAGGAAUAGAUUUAGGGUUCGGGUUAGGCAUAGGGAUAGAUUUAGGGUUCGGGUUAGGCAUAGUAUAGUAUAGGGAUCGAUUUAGGGUUCAGGUUAGGCAUAGGGAUUGAUUUAAGACGUAAAAGUGCGCGCAUGGAAAUCAUGGAAAUAAACGCGGGCUGCGUUCUCUGAAUUUACCGGGCCAUCUUUCUUUUUGAAACUUAUUCAUUUAUUUUAUAGUAUAUUAUUUGUUAAUAUUUUUUAAGUAAUGUUAAUUAUUAAUUUAUCUUGUUAAAAAUUCAAAAAUAAUUGUUAAUCGAUUGAUAUUUUUAUUUUAGCCAAAUCAUAAUUAGACCUGACCUAAUUAUUAUGUUACGAAAUGUAAUUAAUUUAUGAAUGAUGAAUGAAAUAAGUAAGGGUAAAAUUUAAGGACGAAUGCCACAUUUUUAUCGAAUUUCACGAAAGUAUCCCUAAAUUGAUCCCUAUGCCUAACCUCAACCCUAAAUUGAUCCCUAUGUCUAACUAACCUGAACCCUAAAUCGAUCCCUCAACCUAACCUAAACCCUAAUUCACUGCAACUAUAAUAAACACACAAAAGACGCCGUGGCAUCCCUCCUUAAUAUCAGCCAAAAUAAGAAAGGCUGCGACCAGAAGUGAGACUGUUGGUGUGUAUUGUAUAGUGUAUAAUUAUAAUUGUUCUAAAUAAUAAUAAUUAUUUUAGUUAUAGUGAAAUGCCUUACUUAGACUUUAUUAGACUACCUAAAUUUUAAAUUUAUUUCUGCCUCCCCCCCCCCCCCCCCCCCCCCCCCCCCCCCCCCUUUAAAUUUAUUUAUGUCUCCCCCCCCCCCCCCUGGUUGUGCUGUAAACUAAAUAUUAGUAUUAGUAUUAGAAUUAGGCUACUUUAAUUAUAUAUAAUAUAUAUUAUAUUUUUAAAAAGGGGCCUAGUAUAAUAACUAUAUAACUAUUUUUUAUAUAUAAUAAAUUAAUAACAUAUAAUAGGCCUAUAUAAUAUAAUAUAAUAUAAUAUAAUAUAUAUAAUUAAAAGUAUUGGCCCAUGAAAUAAGACUAAGCUACUAACAGUAACUGUAAAGUAACGGUAGGACAACUAUCUAAACUAAAAUAUAAUAAUUAAUUAAUUAACUUCACUAAUUUACCUAGGCUUACUUAAUUGUUAGAAUUAUUUUAACUGUGUCAUUAAAGUAGUUAAAGUUGAGCUAUAUUGCUGUAUAACUUCAACUGUAGACUUUGCAACUGUCAACUUUUAUUUUAGUCUUUGACUUUGAGACAAGUGGGCUGCUACUCAAGCUAGCAGUGCAGUAACUCAACUUUGAUUUUAAUUCCUGUAACUUACUUUAGUAGAAUUACUUUGCAUUAAUUUUUUACUUAUAGCUGCCUGUACUCCACAGAAAUCAAAGUUUAGUGAGUCUUUUAACUUUAAUUGAUUCACUGCCGGUACUCCACAGAAAUAAAAGUUUAGCGAGUCUUUUAGCUUUAAUUGCUUUGUGCAAAAAUUUGCUGUUAUUAAGACUAAGCUAUAAAAGAAACACUGACCUUCUAUUUUUAUAGCAUAUCUAUACGGUAUUGUGUUUUUGUUUUAUGUUAAUUUUAUCAAUAUUUGUACGACUAUGAGAUAGAUCCUAUGGUUAAAAAUUUUUGUUUGAUCAUUAACUUGAAUAUAUUUACGUAACUUUGUCAGAUUUUAUUGUUGCAGUGGUGACAGAUGAGAUGCACCAAAAAGAUGUCACAGGAAUGUCAUUCAGAGUUCAAGUAUUAUGGUGUCUUGGAAAGUGACAUGUCAAGAAAUGUACAGAGGGAUUUUGAUCAAAUUUCUGGAUAUACCAACAUGAAAAACUACCUAUUCAACCAUUUUGUUGACCCACAAAAACUGCCCCACUGGUCUGAACAGGUCAUCCGCCCCCUUCUUAUUUGUGGACAUCCGGGAGUAGGAAAAUCAGUUUUCAUUGAAGCCAUAGCUCACUUGGCUAACAAGAAAUUGUUUGUUUUCAAUAUGUAUUCCCUUGGGUCAUCUACACUAAGAGGAGUUGGGAGCUCAGAAGAUUGUAUCAAAGCAGUGUUCACAGUAGCACACAGAAACAGACCAUGCAUUCUGUGUCUUGAGGAUAUAGAUGUCUUAAGUGAAAGUAAUGAGAGUUAUGGUGGAGCUCAACGGGAAGUUCUGUUGCAGCUAUUUAACAUGUGUAAAAAAAGUGAGAGGGAUGUCACUGUGGUUGCCACAACUCAGAAACCAUGGAAUUGUAAUGUUUUUCUCCUGGGGCAUUUCCAUCUUAUGUAAGGAACAAUUUAACUUUAUAUUUUGGAAAAAUAAAUUUGAUAAGUUUAGUUGCCGAUUUUUUUUAGGAAGGAGUUUGUUUGAAUUAUCUGUAAUUAAAUAAUUUUUUUUUCUCAUCAUUAAAUUAUGAAACAGUGGUAGUUAAAAAAUUUAAUUAAUUUACAUUUAUUGAGUUUUUAUAAAUUUAUUGAAAAUUACAUUCGCAUUUUGUAAGUAGUUAGGUUUUUGGUAGCCUAACUGGCCAAAGGCAUUCAUAAAUUAGAAAAUAUAAACAAACCAAAAUGACACAAUUUCUAAUUAAAGCCACAUAAAUGGAAUUUGUCUUUUUUAUUUCAAAUUAUUUCACAACAUUCACAGAUUUUUGGAUUUGCCGACAUGCGAGGAGCGCAUUGAGAUAUUUAAAAGAUUUAUUUCUGACAUGUCACAUGAUUUGAAUGACGAAAUCCUUGCUGAAAUUGGAAAUAGAACCCAUGGUAAUCUGUCAAAUGUGGUAUUUAAACCUACAGAAUAAGUUUUUUUUAAUAUAUCAAUGAUAAUUUUAACACCUUCUAAUAAUUGGAGUUUGUAAUUUAAUUUAUGCAAUGAAAUAUUUUUUUAAAAAAGGUUUUGCAACAUCUGAUCUGAUGGUAUUAGCCAGACAAGCUUGUGUGCAGUGUGUGAGAAAGAUUUCUAGUGCUCAAUAUUUCAAGAAAAUUUACAUCCCACUACCGGUAACAAUUUUAAACUUGUGUUAUCUCUCAUCCUAUACAACAAAUCGGUUUAGCUUUACUUUAAAGAAAUCCAUUCCCUUUUUUUUUUGUUCUCCCGCUCCAAAAAUGUCAUUAAAUCAUAAUAAAUUAACUGAAUACUCUCUAAGCUCAAUAGGUUAACUUGAACUGUUGCCUCUAAUUCUCAGAAGUAGUUGUGAAUUCAGAUGUUGUUGUUUUUUAAACCUCUCUAAAAAAAAGAUAAUUAUCUGAAUGAUUGUGUAGAUCUCAUUAAACAUCCGAAUAAACUCUUAAAGAGAUUUCCAAUUUUUUCAGGUGGCGAUUAAAAAUAAAAUUAAAAUGAUGGAAGAAAAGAACAUAGCAAUUUGAUUUUUUUUAUUUAGGUACUGAAAAGAUAACGCCAUAAUAUUAAGAAAAUAGAUGUUGAAAAAGUAAAAUAAAUAUAAAAAGUAUAAUUGUUCAAAUCAAGCAAAUUGGAACAUUGUGAACAAAUGAUUUAUUUAGUUUUGAUUACGGUACUGUUAUACCUCUUAGGUAUUUCAAUCUAAAUAUUUAGUGUCUAGCCUUUGAAAAUUUUAAGGACAGUUAUAUUUGCAUAUCAUAAGCAUAUACUGGUUCUUCAAAAAUUUUAAAAAUAAAAAAAUUCUAAUCUAUUUUUCCAGAUUGACAAAGUAGUUUGUGAGACAUUGGAGAAGCUAGAACCUGAUAAGGAGUGUAUUCAAACAAAAUCUGAUCAAGUGUUGUAUAAAGCAGGGGACAGUGCACAUAGGGGAGAGGAAAAGUUGCAAUCUUUUCUAGAGACAAGCUGUGGUUUGUCCAGAAGAGAAGUGAAAUUUAAAGACAAUCAUAGUUACGACCCAUUGCUAGAGGAUUCAGUGAGUCGAGGUGAAGGUCAGGCAGGGGAAAAAUUUACCCCAUGUGAAUCCUGGGAGGUAGGGGCCUCAAAAACAUCAUUUCUCGAAAUCCCCGCUGAGCUAAUCUGGCAUCCUCUUGAUGUGACUAAAGAAUCUUUGAUGAUCUCACUUAUCGGCAUGACAUCCUCUAUUACAGAUGAACUAGAAGCAAAGAUGAAACAUUUUAAAGAAAGUUAUUACCCUCUACCGUCAUAGGGCUACAUGCUGCUAAAUACACACUUCAUAUAAAUUAGAGCUCAGCUACCAUUUUUCACACACUACACACCAAAGGCCUUCCCGAAAAUACCACGGCACCUCCAAGGCCUUCCCAAAAAUUCAAGUGCACACCUUCAAGUCAAAAAGCAAGCCAAAAAUAUACUAAGUAACAAAUGGUAUUUGAAAUUCAUUAUUAGUAAGGGCAUUAUCAUAUCUAUGCACCUGCAUAUCUGUGCCUUGCCUCCUCUUGAAGGCAAUUUAGUGGAGCAUGUAUUGCAGCAUCUCUCUGCACAUCAGUGUGCGCGGCACACAGAUUGCUGAGCUCUGAUAUAAAGCACCAAUGAAUCACAGUAUUUUAAUAGUGUUGUAUGUGUGUCACAAUCAAUGAAAUCAACGCCAUUCUUUGCAUUUUAAGAAAAUUGGAUGUCUACAACUAAAACUUUUCCUUUAAACUUACGGACCAUUUCCGUCUACUCAGUAUUAGUAUUAUUACUUUUUGGUGUGCUGGGUUAGUGAAGACAAGUUGAAAGCAUUCUGCUUACUUGAUGUAUUAUGGAUUUUGACAGAGUUGCCUCUUAGGAACGGCCGCCUUGCGCAGCCAACUAUUCCAAAAAACAAAAUGUACAGAUUUUUUUUUUGUUGAUAUGCCAACAUGCGAUGA